CGAGAUAAGGCUGAAAUAUUACUACAGAGGUAUUUGUGCGGUAAUAACUGCACUGACGGCACAUUUCUGGUCAGGGAUAGCGAAUCAAAUUCUGGUGAUUUUUCAUUAUCAUUCAUAUACCACAACCAAAUAGAUCACAGUCGCAUAUUCCACACCAAAGAUAAUGACCACAAGACAUAUAGACUUAAUAAAUAUGUCGCUUUCACCAGUCUUUACGAACUAAUAACCCAUUACCAGACACAUCCACUCAGGAGUAAAAAGUUUAAGGAAUUAUAUUUGACAACUCCUGUCCCGCAACCAAAUUCACACGAAGACAAGGAGUGGUUCUACAAGAAUAUGAGUCGAUCUCAGGCCGAGGAUCUGCUCCGAAGACUCAGAAAUAACGGCGCUUUCCUCGUCAGACCGAGUGAGAGAUCAAACUCUGAAGAUGAAAACCUUUUCGCCAUUUCCUUCAGAGCUGAAAAUAAGAUAAAACACUGCCGUAUAAGACGUGAGGGAAGACUGUAUGUCAUCGGAAGCGCAGAGUUUGAGAGUCUAACAGAACUUAUUGAAUACUACGAGAAGAAUCCUCUUUAUAGAAAAGUAAAACUUAAAUUCCCGGCCACUGAGGAAAUUGUUGGAAAACUUGGAGGGGAACCCGAUUUGGAGUCUCAAUGCAAUUAUAUGAAUCCCAAAAAUUCAACGAUUAAAGUGAAAGCAUGUUAUGACUAUCAGGCGAACAACGACGAAGAGUUGUCUUUUACCGCCGGCGAUAUAAUCACAAAUGUGGUCAAACAAGACCACGGAUGGUGGAGGGGUGACCUCAACUCAAGGAUUGGCUGCUAUUUUCCAUCCAAUUUUGUCGAAGAGAUAGAAGACGAAGAGUUGAAGACAUUUGAUUCAAAUAAAUUCUCGUGGGAUCUAAAGCAUGGGUCCAUUGAACUCGACGCCAAUAAUUUGGUUCUCAUAGCAAACGUACAGAACAAGAGCCGCGAAUGGGUUUUCCGUUUGGGAACUCUUGAGAUAUCCGCUCAGAAUGAAGAAGAGAUGAAGGAAUGGGUGAAUAAAAUACAAGAAACUAUUCAAUUAAAUAAAGCCAAAGUAUGCAUGCAAUUACUGUUCAUAUGA